AUGAAGCAAAUUGAUGGCAAGGAUUCACAAACACUAGUGAACAAACUGUAUGAUUUACAAUCAAUAGAUCCUGAGUUCUUUUUCAGAGUAAGACUCAAUGAUGAAGGAAAAGUUGAGUGUCUAUUUUGGAGGGAUUCUAUGAUGAGAGAAGAUUACAAAAUAUAUGGAGAUGUUCUAGUUUUUUAUACUACAUUCAGAACAAAUAAGUACAAUCUCAUAUGUGCUCUAUUUGUUGGUAUCAAUAACCAUUGGAAAAACACAAUGUUUGCUUGUGCUUUCAUUGGGGAUGAAACCAUAGAAUCUUUCGUUUGGGUGUUUGAAACUUUUCUGAAGGCUAUGGGAGGAAAGCACCCUAUAUCAAUUUUCACUGAUCAAGAUGCAGCUAUUGCUGCUGGAAUAGAACAGGUUAUGCUUGUGGCACUUGAGUAA